UUGGUACGGUUGUCAAGUGAAGUCAUAAUGAGGUCAAUUAAUUCUGGACUUCUAUUAGCUCUAAGUUUCUGUAUACUUUCAAUAAGUGCUUUACCACAAAGAUGUCAGGAGAAUGAAGAUUGUUACGAGACACGAUUGCAUCCAGAUCUAACAGAUACUCCUGACAUAAACUCUCGUAAACUCGAGGGAGAAGAUAAAACAAACUUUUGGAUAGAAUCUGGUAAAAGUUUCGUCCUUGAACAACAAGCCAAAAAGAUCAAUACCAACGUGGCCAAAAAUGUUAUUCUAUUUCUUGGCGAUGGAAUGGGACUAACUACAAUUGCCGCUGCACGAGUUUCAGCUGGAGGUGAAGAACAAAAGUUAUCAUUUGAAAAAUUCCCUUACACUGGAUUGUCGAAGACAUACUCUGUGGACAGAAUCGUUCCAGAUUCUGCCAAUACAGCAACGGCUUAUUUGUGUGGAAUUAAAGCCAACUAUGGCACGAUCGGUGUAAAUGCCAAUGUCGAUCGGGAAAAUUGUGAAGCUGGCAAGAAAACUGAAAACUAUGUUUAUUCAGCUGCUAAAUGGGCUCUAGAUGCUGAAAAGGCGGCUGGAUUUGUGACAACCACACGUGUGACUCAUGCAUCUCCAUCGGGAGUAUAUGCCCAUACCGCCGAUCGUGAAUGGGAAAAUGACUCAGAAGUUAAGAAAUCCUGUGGAGCUGCAUCAGGAGUUCAAGAUAUUGCCUACCAGCUGAUUCAUGGAGACGUUGGAAGUAAGCUGAAAGUAAUGUUGGGAGGUGGUAGAAUGCACUUUACUGAUGCAUCAUUGGGAAAAGGAGGCAAACGAUCAGAUGGCCGAAAUUUGAUCGAAGAAUAUACCAGCCAAGGUAGUCGCAAUGUUUAUGUCGAAACACGAGAUCAACUAUUGAAAGUUAGCACUAGAACUACCGAUAGACUAUUGGGAAUGUUUCAGGAUAGUCACUUAAAGUAUAAUCUUGAAGUCACACCCGAAACAAAUCAACCAACUUUGGAAGAGAUGACCAAAAAGGCCAUUGAACUUUUGCAGAAGGAGAAAAAUGGUUAUUUCUUGUUCGUGGAAGGAGGCAAAAUCGAUUUGGCACAUCAUGAGAACCAGCCACAAUUGGCUUUGGAUGAAGCUCUUCAAUUUUCAAAAACCAUCGAAAUGGCUAGGAGUAUGACAAGUGAAGAGGAUACCCUAAUUGUGGUUACAGCUGAUCAUUCUCAUGCCUUUUCAUACUCAGGUUAUGCGAAACGUGGUGCUUCGAUUUUCGGACCAACAAAAGACAAAGCUGAUGAUGGUAAACCACUUUUAACUUUGUCUUAUGCAAAUGGACCUGGUUUCAAGACCUAUUAUGAUACUGAAAAGAACGAUCGAAUUGAUCCCACUUCAGUGGACAAAACUGAUCCACAUGUUGCCUACCCAACUACCGUUGAACUUGAUUUAGAAACUCAUGGUGGUGAUGAUGUUGCAGUUUAUGCAUCUGGACCAUGGUCUCAUUUGUUUACUGGAGUUUAUGAGCAAAAUACAAUUCCACAUUUGUAUGCUUAUGCAGCUUGUAUGGGAAAUGGAUUGAAAGCGUGUUGAUAUUUUUUUUGAAAUACUUUUUAUUUAUUUAUGUGUUGCAAUAAAAAAAUGUUAUCUUUUA